AUGUUGGAUUUCAUGGACAAUGUGCAGCAUGCAUUCUACGAAGCUUCGCACUGGAACGUUGACAAUUCCUACGGCGCGUUGAAUGCGACUGCGCGAGCCCUGUUGGACUUUGACAGCCCGCGCGGACUACGACUGCAGAUCUCUUCACUCGCCGCGCCCAACUUUGCAACCUCGUACACUCUCGGCAGUGUCGGUGUCGUCGAUGGCUCAGUGUCGUACCUAUACUCGUCGCUGCCAUUGCGGAAAGACUUCAAGAGCUCGAGGAUAGACCUACAUCAUGUGAUUAGGGGGUUCAAACAUCUCCAGGAGUUGCGGAAGCCAGACGAGAAAUGGUCGUGGGAGCAGUGGCAUGCUGGGAGGCGGGUGGACCGAAAAGACACCCUACUGUAUGGGCGCAUUUUCCUUCCUCAGUCAAGGCUAGAAGCCCUGUAUCUGCGCCGUCUCGCCCCGACACGACAGCUCAGAAUCGCCGCCGUCAGUGACUCGAACCUCAACAAUGGCGGCACUAUCCUUACUCUGCUACAAACCGACUCCGGGAAAUACAGCACCGAGUACAUGUACAGCACAGACUCGGCGCUGAUGGGAUUGCGCGGGCUCUACAACUUUGGUCCGGAUCCCAGAGUCGCGCCCACCGAACCAACAAGGCCAGAGCAGGUGGAACCCGUGCAUGGUCGCUUCAGCGCGGGCGCGGAAUUGUACUACGGCAUCUUGAACAAGAGUGGAGGGAUGAGCACUGGCUUGCGGUUCACUACCCUUCCCAACCAUCCGGGCUUUCCGUAUACCAUGACACUGACGCUGAACCCAUUGAUGGGCAAUCUUUCUUCCACUUAUGCUGUCAAGGCUGGCCCUAGUCUGGCGCUGUGCUCGCGUUUCGACUUCAACUUCUACUCUUAUGAAAGCGAGCUGCAGCUCGGGUGCGAGUUAUGGCGACGCCGCGGCAACACCGACACCGAAUGGGCUGUCAAAAAACUGCGCCCCGACUGGAAACGGCCCGCCGCCUCGCCCGAUGACGACGUCGCUGGCGUGCUCAAAGCAAAGGUUGACCAGGAUGGGCGUGUCGGACUGCUGUGGGAGGGCAGGAUCAAGGAACUGCUAUUUACCUUGGGGGCGAGUCUGGACCUCAAGAAGAGAGAGCAAAUCUUCCGGUCUGUCGGUAUCGAGCUGCAGUACUCCUCCUGA